AUGCUGUUCAAAUAUCUCCUAGCAGUGCUGCCACUGGCAGCUGUGGGAUUGGCUAAGAACUCAACUUAUUUGAAUCCCAUACUACCUGGAUUCCAUCCAGAUCCAAGCUGUAUAUUUGUCCCUGAGCUAGACAACACAUAUUUCUGUGCUUCGUCGAGUUUCCUUGUAUUCCCUGGGAUCCCAAUCCACGCAAGCAAAGAUCUCCGCACCUGGAAACUAAUCUCCAACGCCCUCUCCCGCCCCUCCCAACUCCCCCUCCUCAACACCACCAAACGCGCCACCUCCGGCAUCUGGGCCUCCACGCUACGCUACCACUCGGGCAGAUUCUACAUCUUCAGCACCCACGUCUUCGACGACUACCCCAAGAACGCCACCAACCGGUUCGACAACCUCGUCUUCAGCACCACAAACCCCUACUCCUCGUCCGCAUGGUCGGAUCCACUACAUUUCAACUUCCCUGGGUACGACGUCUCGCCUUUUUGGCACGAUGAUGGGAUGUUGUAUAUCACAGGUACAUUCGCAUGGGAGGUUUCCCCGGGAAUCCAAAUGUUUACUCUGGACUUGAUUACCGGCUCUACUGGUCCCAUCCUCAACAUCUGGAACGGAACGGGUGCCUCUGCCCCAGAAGGUCCACACAUCUACCAUCGCGAUGGGUACUAUUACCUGCUGAUCGCAGAAGGCGGUACAGGAGCUGGACAUAUGGUGAGUAUAGCUAGGGCAAAACGUAUUACGGGACCAUAUGAGAGUAAUCCGAGUAAUCCAGUCCUGACGAACAACGAUUCUCCGGAGAGAUAUUUCCAGAAUCUGGGACAUGCAGAUUUAUUCCGGGAUAGGAGAGGGCAGUGGUGGGCUGUGGCGUUGAGUGUUAGGCAGGCGAAGGAGGAUGGAAGUUAUCCUAUGGGCCGGGAGACGGUCAUGACGCCUGUUACUUGGAAGGAGGGGAAAUGGCCUAUUUUUGAACCUGUUACUGGGAAGAUGGAAGGGUGGGAGCUGGAUGAGGAGGAUGUGAGUGAGGAGGGAGAGGGUUCUCUGGUGACGGAGGGGGAUGGGGUGGAUUUCAUGCCUGGUGAGAACUUGAAGCCGGAGUUUGUGCAUUGGAGAUUUCCGGUGCAGGGGAGUUAUGAGAUUAGUCCAGAGGAGCAUGAGGAGAGUUUGCAGCUGGUUUCUAGUGAGGCAAAUUUGACGGGGCGUGAUGGGAGGAGUGCGGAGGGGAAGGGACAGACGUUUAUUGGGAGGAGACAGGUUGAUUCGCUUUUCAAGUUUUCGGUUGAGUUUGAUGUUUCUGAGUUGAAGGUUCCAGAGCAGGAGGUUGGUGUCACGGUGUUUUUGGAUCAGCUCCACCACUAUGAUCUCGGCCUCGUCAUUUCCUCCUCCAACAAUAACAACAGCAACAACAGCACCCCGCAUCCUUACCCCCUCCUCCGCCUCCGCGGCAUAACCACAGUACCCACAUUCACAUCCCCCACCAUAGUGACACUCCCCAUUCCCACUUCUUGGUUCCUCCCCAAACCCAAUCCCAAUCCUAGUCCUCCAAUCACACACCUCACCUUCCAAAUCCGCAUGUCAAACCUAACACACUAUACAUUCUCCGCCGGACCAGUAGGCAAGCCGAGUCUGAUGCAAGAUAUCGGCUUUGCGCCGGCAUUGGGACUGACUUGGGGAUUUACGGGGGCGUUGGUAGGUGUUUAUGCGAGUAGUAAUGGUGGGAGUGAGGGGUUUAGGACGUGGGUUCGGGGGUGGAGGUAUGUGGGGGAGGGGCAGGUUAUUGAAUAG